AUGAAUUCUGGUGAAGCUGAUUUUAAAAAUGUUGAAUCAUUUUCAAUACAGUUAAAUGCAUUGACUAGCAGUAAACCAUCAUUUGGAAAACAAAGAAUAGAAGAAAUUGCCAAACUUGGAUUGGCUGCUGUAUCAAAUUAUAAGCAUGUUGUUAUGCACCUUGAAAAAUUUAUAUGGAAAACUACAUCAAAAUAUAAACUUAUUGGUAUUUAUAUUCUAGAUGCUUUAUUAUGUGCCUCAAAACAUAAAUAUAAAGGAAAAGAUAAAUUUAGAGUUAGAUUUGCUGUUAAUCUAUUUAAAACAAUAAAAAAUGUUCUUAAUAAUGUGUCAGAUAAAAAGAAAGUUAUUCGUGUUGUUAAAUUAUGGGAAGCUAAAAAAAUAUUUGAAAAAAGUGUAUUAACUCCUAUUUAUAAAUAUUGUGAAGAUAUUGGUAUUGAUCCAGAAUCAAUUGAUAUAAAGUCAAAGAAUAAUAGUAGUAAUGGAAAUAGAAAAAGAUCGAACUCUAGUAUGAGUAUAGAGGACGAACCUACAACUUCAAAUAAUGAGAAUCAACAGGAUAAUAAUAUGGAUACUAGUAUGGAUGGAGUACCACCACCUCCAAUGGAAAUUGGUCGUUCAGAAUCUGAGGAACGUAAAAUAGAGGAAAGAAAAAAUUUAGAUUUACCUGAAGUAGUUAAAAAAAAUCAUACAUUAAUAUAUUCAAGAACAGUUGUUGUUAAAAAAUUAACACAAACAAUAAGAGAAGAUCAAAUAGUAGAAAGAUUAAAAUCAUAUGGUACAGUGGAAAAGGUUAUGCUUAUUGUUAAAAGAGGUUGUGCCUAUGUAACCUUUAAAAGUAGAGAAGAGGCAUUACAAUGCCUGGGGAAAAGAAGAGAAGUUAAAAUUGAUAAAAAAUAUGCAUCACUUGAGUGGGCAGUUGGUAAAGAAAUACAAAAAGAUCCAAAAUUAUUAAAUUAUUGGAAUAAAGAAAAAGGAUAUGGUGAAAUUCCUCACGCUGUUUUACCUCAUGACAUAGAUACUUUAUUUGAUGGAAAUUUAAUAGAUCCAGCAACUUUACCUGGAAAUCUAAAAGGCCAUUUUGAUGAACGUGGAAGGUUACCUUUUGAUCCUCCUAUGAUGCCACCUCCUAUUACACAUAUUCCACCUCCUCCAUCAGUUAAUCAUGGAUCUUCUAUUAGAAUGGGAUCACAAGAUGUACCACCAUAUACUUUUAUACCUCCACCAAUUAUUCCACCACCAACAGUCUUACCACAAUCUCUUAAUCCAUUUCCCCUUGGUAAUCAACAAAUACCAAUGAAUACACAACAUCUUUUUUUUGGAAAUAAUCCUAUGAUAAAUCAAGCAUUAGCACAUAUGGCUAAUCAACAAGGAAAUGGUUUUUCAAAUCUUAAUUAA